AUGUGUGAAAUGGCGAAGACAGGGGAAAGCUUGAGAGACAAACCUAGAUGGAAUCUUGGAGGAACGACCGCUCUUGUAACCGGUGGCUCCAAAGGCCUCGGGGAAGCUGUAGUGGAGGAACUAGCUAUGUUGGGAGCAAGAGUCCACACAUGUGCCAGAGACCAAACUCAGCUUCAAGAAAGUUUACGUAAAUGGCAAGCAAAAGGGUUUCAGGUCACUACUUCUGUUUGCGACGUUUCUUCUCGUGAACAACGAGAGAAACUCAUGGAAACCGUUUCCUCUCUCUUCCAAGGAAAACUCAACAUCCUUGUAAACAAUGUGGGAUGGGGUAAAAUAACGCCAACCACAGAGUGUACAGCAGAAGAGUUUUCGUUUACAAUGGUUACAAAUCUUGAGUCAGCUUUCCAUCUCUCACAGCUCGCUCACCCUUUGUUGAAAGCCUCUGGUUCAGGGAACAUUGUGUUCAUGUCUUCCGUUGCAGGGGUUGUGAAUUUGAGGGUUUCAUCCAUCUAUGGAGCAACCAAAGGAGCCAUGAAUCAGCUAGCUAGAAAUUUGGCAUGCGAGUGGGCGAGUGAUAAUAUAAGGGCUAACUCAGUUUGUCCAUGGUACAUCACAACUCCUACAACUAAAAGUUUUCUUAAUGAUAAAGAUGUAAGAGAAAAGGUCGAGAAUGUGACACCAAUGGGGCGUGUUGGAGAGGCAAAUGAAGUUUCAUCGCUUGUGGCGUUUCUCUGUCUUCCUGCAGCUUCUUAUAUUACAGGUCAAAGUAUUUGCGUUGAUGGAGGUUUCACUGUUAAUGGAUUCUCCUACAAGGCUCCGAGUCCAAGUGGGCCCCUCGCGGUGGAUGUGCCUUCUGCAAGCAGCAGCGACAACUUCCAUGGGACUCAGGCAUCGAAGAACACACCGGACGAGGGGAAAAGUAGCCGGCGAGUGACAGUGUCCUGGCUCGCCUGUAGGUUGGGUGCAUCACAGGCCCACGAAGGUCGUAGCAGAGAUAAAGAGAUAAUGGUCGACGGCGGGGGCGACGGGUCGGUGCUGCCAGAGACGGAUCGAAGCCUACCGGACGUAUCCGAGAUGACGGAUAAGCGUCACCCUAUUCGUGAUUUGUUUCCGCGUGGCGUAAUAGACCGUGUCAACGAGGGCGUGAGGGCACGUGAGGGGGAAAAAAGGAAUGGUGGUGUAUCCAACGCAGAUCCAGAUACGGGUGGAGAUGACGAGUUUGCUACUGGCGAUAAUUCCUCCAAUGGUGCCGCAAUCCUGGAGGCCGGUGUGGCUACUGAAGGCGUUCCUCCCUUCUCCUUUGCAAGGGAUGCAGCCCCGGUGGUGGAUGAUUCGGAUGACGAAGGUAUUUAA